AUGCCGCAGCACCCGGGUAUUGUUGCGGUGUCGACGCUUCGGGGCAUGGCCACCGCCCUCUCAUGGUCGGUCGAAUCCGCCCUGGAUUUCGCCGAUCGGUUCGUCAAGGACGUCGAGGUGCCAAAGAGGGCCGAGGGGGUGGACGCGAGUGGGGAGCAGCAGAGUGAGGAACCGGGGAGCGCCAUUGCUUCGGAUCCUGCGCCUUUCGGAUCGCGCUCCUCACGCUGGAGCCGUCUUUCAGGCUAUAGCAAUCCGCGCUGGAGCGGCUCAUGCGUGAUCCCGUUAUCCAGCGAGGAUCCCUUUGUCGACGCGCUUCCUGCCAAGUCUGACGGCAGAUCUCAUCUCCAGCCCUACGUCCCCGAUUACCACCCCGAUGUUGCGUCCCUGCAGUCGCCAAGGAUCUCUAUGGGUCCAUUGACGCCAUAUGCUGGCAGCAGGCGUGUCGUCUUGGAUAACCUGCCGCCUAGUAUCGGAGUCACCCAGGUCCUCCGUGCCAUCAGCUGCUAUGGGGGCGUCAUGGCCGCGACCGUCGUGCCCGAUUGCGGAUCCGGGGGCGUCACAAAGUCGGCCGUGGUCGAGUUUGUCUAUGCCGUCUCGGCCGAGCGCUUUGCCGACCAUUGCGAGCGAAACGCUCUGGCGUUCGCUGCCGAGGACGGCUCUAUCUACGAGGCCUACGUAUGGCUGGUUCAGACGGCGUCGUUCGGCUACACGGCACGGGAUCAUGGCUUCUUAACCAGUGGCGUCACCCGAGCCAUUGCCCUUGGCGGGUUUCCCGUCGACGCUGUUUGGGACCUACUCACUCUUCUUAGAACCUAUGCCGUAUCGGAAGUUCUGACGGACCGCUUGGAUGCCGUGGUCCUGGAGUUUGCCUCUCUCUUCGAGGCUGACCGAGCGCAUAGGCUUAUCAAGUGGGAGUGGCCAGGGCUCCACGUCGGAUUUAUUGACGACUCGUCCCAGGGGAGCGGGUUCAGGGCUGCCAUAAUAGGCCACGUUUCCCCAAGCCAUCUCGAGGAAAGAUGGAACUGCGCGCCUUACAACGAGCGCACCCUCGCGCACUAUCGCGCCGCCAGAGCGUCGGACCAAGCCCGGCAGCAGGAGAAACAGGGACCGAUGCCCCGGCGUGCCAGCCCGGGUGCGACGGAAAAGCUCGCCAGGUGCUACGACGUCUCGCCAUCCGAACUAUCCUCGUACCUCGCCGAGCGCGACGUGUUCCCAGACACCGAGUAUCGCAUCAUAGGAAGCACAAUCAGGCUGACGCGCCGGGCAUGGAGCUGGAAGGUGCACGCCGACGACGACCUCAAGCUGCUCAUGGCCAACACGCUGCACGAGCCCGAGUGGGCCGACGAAUGGGACCAGCACUUUGCCGCGCUCGGCGCCGUCAACCUGCGCACCUGGGAGCGGUACGGCAUGCUGGCGCGACACCGCCGUCGCAAGGCCGCCGAGCAGGGCAUCGAGGGCUGGCGUGUGCCGCAGUGCGAGGCAAAGUGCGAGUGGGGAUGCUGCGAUAUCAGGGCCUUGGCGGUCCCGGAUGUGGUGAAGCAGUAUUUCGAAGGCAGCAACUCACGCCCGCCGGCCUCGUCGAACGGCGCUUCCAAAGAGCAACGGACGUGA